CAGCAUCAGGCCAGGAGUCCCGGCGAUGGGAAGCUCCUGGCCCACGCGUCCAACACUGCCAUAAAACCGUCACCUGGUCAUCAUUCUCUACCACGAAAGAAAACGCCGUCUGAAUCUAGAAACUCGUCGACCCAACAGUUCCAGCGUGCCCAGUCUCUGAGACGCAGCUGCUUGUCACCAACGCAGUACCAUCAUCAACAACACCAUCAGCACCGUCAGCAGGAGAGUUCUCUACACUUUGAGUACUUCGUGCCUAGAAGCGUGAGCGAGUUCAACCUGGCGGCAGCGGCAGUUACGGACAUGGCUGUGCCACCGCCGCCUCCUUCGUCGGUUCUCCGACCCUCAACGGCUAUAACGCCGCCGAUUGCUUCCGCGUCGAAUUCAGCAUCGUCGUCGAAUCAACCGCGGUUAUUAGAAUGCUCUGGGACCGCGACCAGGAGUCGCGAGAAGAUGGUCACCUUCGAGGACGAGGGUGUAACCUGCGCCACCUCCACGCCCACCAGGAAGAACGUUUCCGGGCUGGAGAACGUUUUCAUGUGACGCUGUAAUCACGAGUGAUUUUGUGAGGAAGGGAGGACAGGAAAAGGGAAUGUCACGUUGAGUGAAGUGUUUCCGCGUUUCAACUGUAUCGAGGGAAAGGGAUGGCUAGGUUUUCUCAUGGGAGUUAUUUUGAAUAUUACGCAGGCGUACGAGGAACGAGUGUGACGAUGAUGACGAUGAAAGGAAGCAAUUUAAGAUUAGAAUGGAACGAAGGAAUUAUAUAGCAAUACUGUUGUAUGUUUUUCCUACGUGCGAUUUACAGAAAGGCAAAUGAUUGUGAAACUGGGCAUAAUUCGUGAAUAAUUAUAAUUACGUAGUACUCUUUCGCUGUAUUGUGAGAAAAGAAGAGAGUACAAAUCGCAUGGAAUGACAGUUUCUGGAAAAUAAUCUUAGAAAUAUGAGAUGACGAUGACAUGGGAUGUUCGUAUAUAGAUUAUCCAGGCUCUAAAGACACGAACUUCGAGCAACGAAGGUGUCGAAAAUGAAAAUCCACGAAUUCUGAGGAUUUUUAAGGGCGACUCGCCGUCACGAAAGACACUAGAUUUCUACCGUUUACAUUAUAACUAUUGUUAUCAUAAUAAUACUAUUUAACGCUCUUAUCAGCUGCUGAUAUUCUUCUUCUUACCAUUAUCGUUGUAAGGUUACUCGAGACGGGCGGAUUUUCUUCGUACGAGUUGUGUGAAUUAUCGAAAUGUACAUACACUGCGUCGUCUCUUUCUCCUAAGAACGUGUUUUCCCCUUCAUGAAGAGAAAUACGAAGAAGACAAUCGAAAAUAAAUAAUCAUCCGCACGAGAAAACUGAAAUUUAAUGGAAAUUGAAUUUAACUUCUUUCGUGAAUAAAUCAACAGUCACGUGAUAAUUUAAGUAAUUUUCGAUGAAUAUUCUCAUAUUUAGUGGAAUAUUUUACUUACCCUAUUUGUGUGAUGAACAUAAAGUGUUCUAGGAGAAAGAGAUAAUGCGAGAAACGAAAGAAAGACACAGCCUUAAAAAAAAGAAAAAAAAAGAAAUACGUCUAACCAGACGGUUCAAUUAAUUAUUGUUGCAAAAAGACAGAUAAAAUAUAAAAUAUAGAAAAAAAAAGACGUGCACAAUUACGAGACGAUCUGUCCUAGUAUAACUUUUAAGGAGACUCGUUUUAAUCAAACGUCGAACACCGCUUAAUUUUAAUACAAAGUCGAUAAGCAAAUGUACGAAUAAAACUAUCAUGUAAGUGAAUGGUUAAACGGUGAAAUUUAUCAGGAAAAAUGAGACUAAAGAGUGAAAUAUUUCGAAGGAACAAUUAUCAAUAUCACAGUGAACCAAGUCCAGUCUGGCAGAUUUCCAUGGUUUUCCAUGAUGAAACGACGGCGUGAUGGGUUUCCUCUGGCUUGCCAGGCUGGAUCAAGCUUCAACAAGUGUUCAGAUAUACAGUUUGUACACGUGUUUCUUUCUUGAAAUUCACUGAGUUUUCAUUAAAGAGGGACAAAGUAAAAGUAUCGAACAAUCUCAA